AAAAAAAGUUACAACUUAGAAAUUUUUACGGAGCUGUAAGGUUGCACAAUGACACAACUCGUGAAUUUUUUUAAAUCUGGAAAUUCCACGGGCGGGAGUAGGUUUUAAUUCAUUUAUACGUGUUUUUUUGACAAGGCUUAGAUACUUCCAUAAAGUCGUUGUCAUUUUUUUUUUGUCUUUAUUUUAUAACGAACUCAUCAAAAUAAAAAAUGGCUGCAAGUACACAAAUUACCAGUUGUUGUUUUUGUAUCAAGUUAAAGCCUGGUGUUGUAUUUAUAUCGUUGAUAUGGCUUAUUUAUGGAAUUCUUGAAACAGCACAAAAUAGUUUACUUCUCAUCACAUCAAAUAAAAGAACAAGUGUGUAUAGUUAUGUCUAUCCAUUCGUUAUUCCAGUAACUAUUAAUUAUGGACUAAUAACAAUUGGAGCAGCAUUUGGAUUGUUUGCCGUAACAUGUUCGAGAACAGUUAAAAUGUUAACAAUAUAUACCAAAAUAGCAUACGUUAUUGUGGGAGCUGAAAUUGUAUCUCGUGCAUUAGUGAUCUGUCUUGUGAUAAGGUAUAAGUCAAGGUUCAUAGAGGAUUGUAUAAGGUCUAUUAGUAAAACUUCGUCUAGAAUUGAAUAUUCAGCCGAUGCAUGUAAUCAAGGAUAUAUUUUUAGCUUAACAUUUUCUAUUGCUUUUGCUGUUCUUACAAUACUUUUUACGUUAUACUUUGCCAUAAUAAUUUCAUCUUACGCACGUAAAAGAAGAGACAAAGUAGCUGCCAUUGCUGCUAAAAACUCUGACGAAAUUGAUGAAUAAUAAACCUUUAACUUAUUUAGCUUAUACUAAUUUAAGAUUCAUAAUAAACAUGUGUUCUUUUUUUAAGUGUUAAUAAAGUGUUUUCCCAUACUUAACAUAUCAGAUAAAUUAAUGAUAUCACUGAAUAUGAAAUUCAACUUAUUGGGCAAAAGUCAAUUUACUUUAA